AUGGUCCAACUUACUAGGAGCUUCGUUUUGGUAGCAGCAUUUUUUCACCUUUGCUGGGCUUCAAAAAUGGAACUCGAGCUUCAGAGAUUCCAACAAGUCGAGGGUCAAGAUUUCAUCAAUUGCCAGCUUCGUGUUAGAAAAUACAACCGAACUGCCCCCGUUUUGAAAGGUUCAAUGGAAUAUCUCGAGGAUAUGGACAAUAGUUACACAUUCGAAAUGCAAACCGCGUACAGCCCACUUGGCAACAAUCAGUUCAACGAGUAUCCCAUGAGUUUGAAAAGGCAAAACGUUUGUGACUUCCUCAAUACGACCUACCGAGAGUAUCAACAGUAUUGGAAAGACGGAACCGAUUGGAUUCAGGUGGGCCCUGAGGGUUUAUGUCCCUGGCCUAAGGGCAUCUACACCUUCUACGAUUAUCUCUAUACGGACACCAUUCCCAUCCCACCGGUCAUUCCGUCGGGCUUGUGGCGGCAAACAAUCCUGUUCAAAGGACCAAAUCGGCAGAAAGCUGUAAUUCGGUUUUACACAAAAGUUUGGUACAGGUAGAA